ACAAAGUGCUAUCGCCGUCGCCAUCUCGGUAACAAUACUUGCCGAUCGGUCUCGCAAUCUGCAGUUCUGAAGGUUGGUUUCACAACCGUGUGGUUGCAAAACAAGAUGGACAAAAGUUGGAUGCAUAUUGCCGAUAGGUUUAGGUCAAGGGAAUAUGGCGAAGGUGUAAGGCAGUUCCUCGCAAUGGCUAGAGCUCAUGCUCUAGGAAGGAACAAUAUCAAAUGUCCAUGUCGUAGAUGUCGUAAUAAUUUCUUCCGACCUAUAAGCGAGGUCGAAAGACAUUUAUUUGUGAUGGGCAUUGAUCCAAGCUACACUGAUUGGAUAUUUCAUGGGGAGGAAGACCCCAUUAAUGUUCAGUCUGAGGAUGAAGAUGAUCAUGAUCUUGGUCAGGAUGGUUACAUUGAUGACAUCGACGAGAUGUUGGGUGACUUUCAUGCUGCAACCUCUGUAGGCCUCGACAACGACCGAACUGGACACACUAUGGGAGCUAGUACCGUUGAACCUCAACGACAACCAUCCACUUUUGAGCAAUUAUUGGAAGAUGCUAGGGGUCCACUUUAUGAGGGUUGCACAACUUUUUCAAGACUAUCAUUCAUCGUGAAGUUGCUCCAUAUUAAAACGAUCGGUGGGUGGAGUAUCAAGUCCUUUGACAUGCUGCUACAACUAUUGAAGACAGAUUUUCCUGAGUUGCUCUUACCAGACUCAUUCAAUGAGGCAUGCUCAUUGGAGCGAGGGUUAGGAUUUAGAUACAUCAAAAUACAUGCCUGCCCAAAUGAUUGCAUAAUAUUUUGGAAGGAACAUGCCAACAAGCAAGAGUGCCCUAAGUGUGGGGCAUCUAGAUGGUUGUCAUCUACAAAAUCUAAACGACCAGUCCCGCAAAAGGUCAUGCGGUACUUUCCAUUAAAGCCAAGAUUGCAGAGGCUAUUUAUGUCAAAGAAAACAGCUGUAUCCAUGAGGUGGCAUCAAGUUCAAAGGGUUCAUGAUGAAAACACUUUGCGGCAUCCUGCAGACUCGGAGGUGUGGACCACAUUUGACAAGGAACAUCGUUGGUUUGCUGAGGAUCCAAGGAAUGUGAGGCUCGGUCUUGCUAGUGAUGGGUUCAACCCAUUCAAUAAUAUGGCUAAACCAUAUAGCAUAUGGCCAGUUAUUCUAGUUCCUUAUAACUUGCCACCAUGGUUAUGUAUGAAAGACUCAUUCUUUAUGCUGUCUACGCUAAUUCCUGGGCCUAAAUCACCUGGAAAUGAAAUUGAUAUUUACUUACGCCCUUUAGUUGAUGAACUACUUGAGUUGUGGGAAAAUGGGGUUGAUACACAUGAUGCCAUGGUGGGCCAUUCGUUUCGAUUACAUGCAGCUUUAUUAUGGACAAUAAAUGACUUUCCUGCAUACGGUAACCUUUCCGGGUGGAGCACUAAGGGAAAGUUGGCAUGUCCUUCUUGCAAUUCGGAUACAGAAUCUUUGUGGUUAAGACAUGGUCGGAAGCAUUGUUAUAUGGGUCAUCGUCGUUUCCUGCCAAUAGGUCAUAUCUGGAGAAGCAAGAAGAAUUUAUUUAAUGGGAAUGAGGAUCACCGAAUGCCACCUACACAUCCUUCAGCAGAAGAUAUAUUGCAACAAUUAAAUAGCAUUCGUCAUGUAGAUUUUGGGAAAGGGACUAAGAGGAGGAAACGAAAUCUUGAGGAGUUAAACUGGACAAAACGAAGUAUUUUUUUUUAUUUGCCGUAUUGGUCGUCUUUGAAACUUAGACAUAAUCUCGACGUGAUGCACAUUGAAAAGAACAUUUAUGACAAUAUCUUGGGUACUUUGAUGAAUAUUCCAGGCAAAACAAAAGACGGAAUCAAUGCCCGAAGAGACUUGGCUGAACUCGGGAUAAGAAGAGAUCUACAUUUGACAGAAGUUGGUGAUCGAGUGAUAAUCCCUCAUGCUUAUUUCAUGCUACAUGGUGAUGAAAGGAAACAAUUUUGUGCAUGGAUUAAAAAUGUGAAAUUACCUGAUGGUUUUGCAUCUAACAUUUCAAGAUGUGUUAACGUUAGUGAGUGUAAAAUAUCGGGUAUGAAAAGCCAUGAUUCCCACAUAUUCUUGCAAAGGCUAUUGCCAGCCGCAAUUGGAGGGUACUUAAGACAUGACAUACGUCUAGCGUUGAUGGAACUUAGCACGUUCUUUAGAGAAUUAUGUGCACAGACUUGUUAGAAAGAAGUAGUGAAACAUCUUCAAACUGACAUUGCCCUCAUUCUUUGCAAGAUGGAAAUGAUUUUUCCACCAAACUUCUUUGAUGUAAUGGUCCAUCUAGCUCUCCAUUUACCUCGUGAGUUGUUGCUUGGAGGACCAGUUCAAUACCGGUGGAUGUAUCCAUUUGAGAGGUAUUUGGAAAAAUUUAAGCGCUACGUUAAAAACAAAGCCAGACCAGAAGGAUCCAUUGCGGAGGCAUAUAUUCAUGUUGAAUGUUUGACAUUUUCAUCGAUGUAUUUGCAUGAUAUACCGACUAGAUUCACUCGAGCAGACCGAAACAUUGAUGUAGGGGUGCAAACAAAUGAGAGAUCUACCUUCUCAAUUUUUUCACAAAAAGUCCGCACACUCUGGGCUUCAACUCCUAUCGAACUAGAGAAGCGACUAUUUAGGAUUGCAAGAUGGUAUGCCCUCAACAACUGUGAGGAGAUUGAGCAAUACUUGCAGGAGCACUACAGUAUCUUGAAGGAGCAAAGCAUAUCUAACCUUGAAAAGAGGCAUGAAGUUGAAUUCCCAUCAUGGUUUAGGAAACGUAUUCAAGCACUACGUGCUAUCGAUCCUGAUAAAGUAUCUGAUGAUCUUUACGCAAUAGCAUGUGGUCCUGACCCUUGGGUGGGUAGAUAUACUAGGUGUAUAAUGAACGGUAUACGGUUUCAUACAAGGCAAAGAGAGCUGAAUCGUAGGAUGCAAAAUAGUGGUGUAUGUGUUACUAGUGAGCACCAAGGUACUAUGGUCGACUUCUAUGGUGUUCUAAAUGAGAUAUUGGAGGUGCGGUACAUGGGUUGGCGGCGUGUAUGGUUGUUUAGCUGCGAUUGGUUUGAUGUUGGUGAUACCAAUCGAGGGAUACGUGUGGGAGAGCAUGUUACAAGUGUCAACAUGUCCAGAACAUGGUAUAGAGAUGACCCUUUCAUAUUGGCAUGCCAAGCAUCACAAGUUUAUUACCUGAAAGACACCCACUUGCCUAGGGCAUGGCAAGUUGUACAGAAGAUCACAUAUAGAAAUGUUUAUGACAUUCCACAAGAUCAUGAAGAUUCUGAUGGGGAUUUCGGGAGCGAGCAUGAUGUGUAUUAGGAGGAAGAGUCUGAUGAUAUUGAAAGAGAUGUACACGUUGACCACAAUAUCCCCUUAUCAUCAUGGCUUCGACCAGACGUUGA